AAACAAUUUCGUGAAAGCGUAGCUCCGUUGAAAGUACUGCAUCCCAUUGUAAAAUUAGUUUAGAGAAAAACUAUUUAAUUAUUCCUCAAAAAAUGUAUAGGAAUUGUUGAGUGGGUGAAUUUUGCUAUUCUUUACAUAGUUAUUCACACCAUGUGUUUAAAUAAAAACAAUAUUUUCAAGUGAUUAGGUACUGAUCUAGUCAUCCAUGGCCACCAUUUUAGAAUUUACUCGGUGGUGUUCAAAUUUUCAGACACUCUUAAAGUCAAAACUGGGGAAAAUGGUAUCGACGAGGCAAAUGAGUAGCGUUGGGGGUGGUAACGGAAGCAGUGAUGGUGCAGGCCCAUCACACGCGGAAUCUGUGUCCGUGUCCCGGGUGACACGACAUUCUAGCGCCUUGAUGCCGGGAGGCUCAUCGCCGCACUCUAGCACUGCUAAGUGCACCGUUGUAGUGCCUGCAAAGACUUAUAAUACCAAUUUAAUGGAUUUGCCCAUUGAAGUUAUCGAGAAAAUAUUUUGUUAUCUGGGAUUUAAAUCUGUUUCUCAUCUUAGAAUGGUCAACCGACAAUUCAACACAAUAUGUAGUGGGAUAUUAAAUUCAACAUUUCAACGCUUACAAAAUCAAAUGUUGCAUAGAUUCCAUUCAAUCAAAGCUAAAAUGCCUCGAAGAGAAUCAGCCCGUAGAAGCCAUCCAUUGGCUUGCGAGUCUGACAUUAUUGAAACUUUGCAUAUGAGAUUAAGUUUGUUACAAAUGACUUUUGGUAAACAUAUAGAGAGGAAACAUUGUUGCUUUUUUCCAGGAGAGAUAUUAGAUGAAGUAUACAGUAUUUUGUCUUAUCUUAAAAUAACAACUAAACUGGCAAGGCCAUACAAAGUAACCGAUGAGCUCUUUGAUUUGACAACAAUGGCUAUGGAGUACUUUAAAGAACAUAUAGAACCAAAUUUACCAGAGAUUACAUAUUUUGGAACAGACUUUUUUGACAUCACCACAGCAUUUUCACCUGGUGAAAGUAGCAAGUCAUACAUUUGUCUAGACUCACCACCUGCUGGUUUUGAUUCUUCUACAUCACAACAACCAAAUAAUUCAAAUGAUUGUCGAGCUUCAUCACUGACCAUGUACAUGGAAGAGAGUUUGCCUCCAUCACCACCCCCACCCCAAAGUAAUAUGGUACUUAGGAAACGAAUACAUCGCAUUAAACAAGGAAUGAAGAAAUAUAAUGAUCAACUCUCGGCUUUACGGAGUGAUUUACGCAGCUGUAAGCGCAAAACAGCACUUCAACAAAAGCAAAUCGCUGAACAGCAAAAACAGAUAGCUGAACAGCAAAAACAAACAUUAGAGUAUGCCAACCGUCUUGAUGACUAUGAUAAGAAAAAUGAGGAAACCAGUCGUAAAUUUCAAACUCUAUUACAGGAAUUGAAUAAAUGUAAAACAGAACUACAGUUUUGGCGAUCUCGAUCACCGGCUGUGCCUCCAUUGUGUGCGGAGUGCGGGGCCUCAUUGCGUCUUUCACCAUCAUCAUUUGCGCAGUGGGCGGCCGGAAGCAGUGGUGAAGAUGCGGCCGAAGUAGCCGUAGAGGCGGUGGCCGUGGCGACCGGUCCCGAAGUCGUAGUGGAACUCAAGGCGGAGUCGAAGUCGAAAUCAGAGCCGAAAGUCGAGAAAAAGCCAGAACCAAAAUCCGAGACCAAGGCGAAAGCGGAUACGAAAUUGGAGACCAAGACGAAGUCUGAAAACAAACAGGAAACCAAAAAUAAAGUAGAAACAAAAGCGGAAUCUGGAGGCGAAGGUUGCGCGUCCACCCCGCCCAGCCGUCGCCGCGCCUCCGCCGACGCCUCUCCGCCCGACCGCAAGAAGCGCAGGCUCACCCGUCCGCGCAAGCUCUGAGACGCAACGCCAAGGUGAGUAAGACAUCGCAACUGAUACGAUUGCCGGCCUUUUAGUUUACUUGACACUUCAAGACAUUUUUAUGCUUCUUUAUCUCCCAUCUUGGAGACACGAAGACGUCCAAAAUUUUAUUUAAUUACGAAAACCAUAUGUUUACAAGCGAAUCUCUAGAUUUCUAUGUGGCUGUUAAAAAGAUGCAUAUAGUUAUUUUGCGCUAGUACCUUUAACCACAAAUGUCUAACAUUUCGAUUCUGAUGUUUGCACGCCUAGAAUAACGGGACUGACUAGUUGAUUCUAUGUUAUUGGGAGCGGGGACUUCCAUCAAACUCGCUUUUGACGCGGGCCAAUAAGUAAUGGUUUUUGUGAUUUAUUGAAAUUAAUGUACGUACGACAAUCCGCAUCCACUAUAUCUUAGUAGAGUUCGUAUGGGUGUUACAAAUGGGCAAUAAAAAAGUGAAAUGGUUCUAUAAUAAUUGGUAGUUUAAGUUAAAGAUUGGUUUCUUCCAAAAUAUGUGAAAUACUUUGCUCAUCUGAUAACAAAUACUUCAAAUGAAGCUAUGAUAUGCAGUUUACUGCAUUAUUAAAAAUAAUUAUUUUGAGAGAAAUUUAGUAUCUCUUUAUUUGUAGAAUUUGUUUCAGGUUCCAUUUUUGUUAGCUUAAUGUUAUUUUCAUAGUUUAAUUAAAAAUAUUGUUUAUAAAUAACAUAAUAGAUCAACCGCAAAACACCACUUUCAUGUACAAAUUUAACACAAUGUCAAACAAUAUCAUUAUUAUCAUCAUUUUACAUUUAAUUUUAGAAUUGCAACCUAAAAUAAGUCAUUCUAAAUGUAAAGUUUAUUUUAAAAAUGUAUAAAUUUGUCUUAAGGAAAUAUUAUUUGAAAAAGGUACUGGUAGUGAACUAUUUACAGAUGUGUGUUCAAUUGUACAAUUACGCUGCAUAUUUUAUUUAUAUUCAAUUUUAAAUUUGACAAGUAAUGCUUAAUUGAAACUUUGUAUUGCACAACAUAUUUUAAAGUUUUUCAAACGAGAAUGAAUUAGGUUCAUAAAAAUGAAACUGAACUUUAGAAUUACAAAUCACCUUAACCUGAUUUGAACUAACAACACUAAACUCUAAUUAAAUGUAUUUAGAAUUGUAGUUAUGAAAUAAACAACGGUUUCAAUGUUUAUUUAAUUACAUGUUGUAAUACUAAAGUAGUUGAUCAUAAGGGCAGAUUUUAGCAAGUAUUGCCCCGGGCAGUAUUCAUAUACCAAAUGGCUAGAUUCUUGUGGCCGAUCGUUUCAAAUGUACACAUUUAGCUCUGAAAAUAAAUCACACUGUUAUUCUUUGAAGUGAAAAAGAAAGUUCAUUUAUUUUCAAUGUUGUUUUCUAAUUUAAUUAAUGGCUGUAAAAAUGUAGUGUUUUAUACUAAUAGAAAAUAUCAGUGCAAUUUAAAUAUAGGUUAAGCUAUUAUAGUUAACUAUUUAAAUAGGUCAUAAUAACAUUAAAUUUUAAUAGUCCAAUUUUUUUUUCUCAUAACACUUAAAAUAUUCAAUACUUUUUACGAUCUCAUAACCUUUUUAAAAUAUUUUAUAAACAUCUAGAACAGUGAAAAUACAUUAACCUUUCAAGUUACAGAAGUAAAAAAUACUUUUUACAGACUUCAAAGACACAUUUCAAUUAUGUUAAUAUUAUUAAUUUUAAUAUUCUUAUACCACAAAUAAUUCAACCUGCAAUUAGUAAUGCUGUGGUAUAAUUACAUCUAGUACCUAUAGUUUUAGUUAGUUAAGUUUUACAGCUCUACUUAUAUAACUUUAACACAUUUUAGGUUACAUUUUGUGAAUAGAGGUGAAGGUUGAUACAUUGUGUUUAUUUGUAAAUAAUAAUAAAUCACAUGUGUAAUGUACAAAUAAAUAUAUUUAUUGUUGUAAAAUUUUAAACCAUGUACAAGGAAUGCUUUGUGACAUGGUGUACGAUUAGAAUACAGUAGUUGCCUCGUAAAGCUAUUUUCCGUACAUUUUGGUUUUAAUGAAUGUGCUCAAUGGGCUUCACACAGUUCUUGCAUCAUGUCACCAGACAAACUAAAAAACAUAUCAACCAAAUUCAAAUAUUCUUAAUGAUAAUUGUUUAUCGUAAAAUGUGCUUUACCAUACCAUACAGCAUCUCGAAUACGCACAAAUUAUAAUAUACAUUUGUGUAAUAUAAUAUAUAAAAGGUCAUUUUGUGCUCCCGAUAACCAUAUUAUGGGUCAUCAAUAUACCUUUAACAGUGAUUACGUUGCAAUUUUAAUUAUAUAAAAUCACAAAUUAGUCCAUUGGUACUUUUGAUGUAUUUUCGAUUUAAUUAAUAGUUCGUCUAAUUUUCCGAAAAAUCUGUUCAUUGAAGUUUACCUUUUGAAAAUAAACAAUAAUAUAUCUCAUGUGCGAUAAUUCACGCGCAUGGCGGUUGUUUUAGGUGCAAGACAACACAAAUGCUUCACCUAUUUGGACAAUAAACUUUUGUAAGUUACCAUGUUUUUUCUUCAGUACCUGCCAUAAAAGCGAGCGUGCAUCGGAAAUGCUGUUGUUUUGUUUUAUUACGAAUCGAAGACAUUGCAAAGCGAGACUGGUACAUGUUGGCAUAGUGGCAAUAUGAAGAUGUUCAACUUCUAUGCCAUCUAUUAUUCUUGUAUAUAAUUUAUAAUGUACAUACUAUGUAUGCUAUGUGUAGAAUUGUAGAUUGUUUCGGAUUCUUAGGAUCAUAAGACGAAUUAUAGAAUACAGAAAGUACACACAUUAUUUUUAUUAUGUUGUUUUGUGUCAGAUUCUUGCAGUACCGAACAAAACAGGUAGCAUUUCAAAGUACCUUUUGUUUAUUGAUGCUAGCUGUCGUGGGCAUUACUCCCAUUUCUCUAUAUUAAAAAAAUGCGGUCCAAUUGAUUACAUAUGUUUAAGCAACAGUAGGAAGUCUAUGAUUUUAUUGCAAACGGUUAAUUUGAAUGUUGUAUCGACGCAAAAGCUGUUUUCUUUUCAUAAAAUUGAAUGUUUUAUUUCUGAAACUAAAAAUCGCAAAGUUUCCUCAUUUAUCACAUGAAUGUGCAAUCAACAAUAAAUAUUUGAGAGCCUUGCGUUAAGAAUAUGCAUGGUAGUAUUUUGUUACAAUUUACUAUGAAUUAUAAAAUUUAGCUAAUUUAUUUUCGGUACAUAUUAUUAUUAUGUACAUAAUAAUACAUUUAGGUUAAGUAGUUCACUCGAAAUCAUUUUCCGAUAGGGAUGGCCAUUGUGUUUGUUCUGUGCAACAUAAUGUAGUGACUGCUCAUAUUAUUAUCUUAUUUCAGACUACAUAUGUGUAUGAAAUUAUUAUGAAAUUUACUUUAUCAUAAAAUGUCAGGUUAGGUUUGAAAGGUUCACUUGGUAUUGUGUAGUUCUUAGGUUGUGCAAAAUUUGUUUAAUUAAAUUAAAUGUACACCAUUAUUUUAUUAUUACCGACCGUAAAAAAAAUCAUGUAGUAGUCAGAUGCAGAAACAACGCGUCAACGUUUAAAAAAUCGAUAUAGCAAAAUUAACCUACACAAAUGGUUUGUCAUUUGUCUAACAUUAACAUUGAUUAAUUUUCAAUGACUACGUUCAUCCGUAAACUACUUGGAUAAUAAAUCGCACGUUCGUAAAUAUUUCUAAUUUUACGCAAUACUAUUGAAUAUUAAUCUAAAUGACAUUGCCCUUUAAACGAUAUCCGGUAAUGAAAAACUAGUGGUGUACAACAAUGUAAAUGCAUAAGAUAAUACAUCUGAAUAAUAGAAUAACAUAAUUAUCGUUUAAGGUAAAUAAAAUCAACGAUAUAAGAUUAGAGCUUAUUUGAUUCGAUAAAAAAAAUGUGCCUAAAUUACUGUCGUAGUUAAUGAUGCCAGGUGUCACUGAGAUUGUUGAUUUGGUAAUGCUUUGAACAUUUACUGAGAGUCGAAGGGUUAUGGACUUAGAACUCGUGUUAGCUCAAUCGAAAUUGGUGUAAAAUUCGAUAAUAACUACAAGUCCAGACUGUACAUCCUGUUCUGUAAACAGACUGGUACAUUACCUGCGGUAUUACGCCGUGCGAAAGGGUAGUGUUGAUCAGAAUCCCAAAAUUUUAGCAUGUUUGUUGCGAUUAGAAUUGUUUCUGGGCGCAUAUUAUAAUGUCCGAAUCUGUCUAGAAUUUUUCUCCCGUUUCUCGAAUCCGUAUAUAAAAGUCUAGAACGAAAUAUAUGCCAAGAGUGUCUCCGGAAACACGUAGGAAACUUGCGAAAAGACACGGAUAUGAGAAUAAAUAAAACCGAGAAGUAAACAGACCACUUUUUAAGCUCUCUUCUUCUUCUUCUUAGUCGAAUACUUCAUUGCUGAAGGUCGUGUCCUUGAAAGCCCUUCGGGGCUCUUUGUACCUUCAGCUUCAAUUUGCUUCGGUUUUCGGCUUCUCUCAGUGCGUUCGUAACAGAGAGUCCAGUGAGCGCAGUUAUCUGAUCCGACCAACGGUUUGGUGGCCGGCCGGCGGGUCUCUUCCCUCCUACCUUGCCCACCACAAUCAAUCUUUCAAGGUUGUCUGGUGGCUAAAGUGGGAAUAAAAUUCUACUGUAAGGUAAAUGGAAGACAUUCAUUUACUAAACGAAACAUCAACAACUUUUGUUUUAUUAAAUUCUACAUCUUGAAAAUGUAACGCUUAUGUAGCCGAUAGCUUAAAGAUAAGCUCAAACGGUAUUUAACUUUUAAACUAGUAGGAAACGGUUCGACGCAAAAACCUUAAGUUUAACGUUUUGGAAAUCAAAACCGACGGCUGUUGUCGUUUCAAAGAGUGUUCCCAAUAACCUUUGGCAUUUUUGAAAAAAAAAAAUGUUUUUCUUUUCGUUAACUUUAGAGAAACUGUUGAUGUGUGACGGCAGUUUCAUAAUAUAUCGUGCAGCAACACAGGUUGUCAUUCGUCACCCCUCGCACGACGUCGCUGCUUCAGGAGCGGCUGACUGUAGGCAUUUAAAAUAAUAAAUAAAACAAACCUAAAUGUGUGUAGAGUGAAUUCAAGGACAAAAUUCUAUGUAAUAAGUAUGUCUUCGAUAUACACAAAACACGAAUUCUAAGUCUUACUUCCAACUUGUUAACUUUAAAAUUUUUGUUUAAGCUGCAUGGCUGCUUGUGUGACAUGGAAAAUAAUUUUAAAGUUGCAUUAAAUUUGUUAAAACCCGAAAAACGAAUAACUCCAAUAUCAAUAUUAUAUCUGUCAAUAGUGCAAUACUUAAAAUUGGUCCACGGUAGAAUUUGGCGACAUAAUUUUUUUUUUUUUUUUUAAUAUAUGGGUUUGUGAAUUAAUAUAAAACGAUUUUCUUUAAGUGGAAUUACCCAUACGUGUUGCAGUAAGAAGAUUUGUGGGACUUUUAUGUUGUGCUCUGGCGGAUGUGUACAACCAGCAAGACUGUCAAUUGCUGUAGAUAUCCCCUUUAUAUUAUAAAUAGUAUGAUAUAGUAUUUUUAAUAGACAGAAAUACAAUAAAUGUGUGAAGUCCAA